GAGGGGGCGGCACAUUGUCAAGCGAUAGUCGGGUGUUACAUGUGGCUGUUGAGCCUACGGGAAGAAGAAAAAAAAAAGAAAUAUAUUCCCCGUCACCUUUUCUCAUGUUAGACCGUUUGGAGCACGGGGUGGACUCGGCUCCACAGCACACCCGCGGAUAGGUCGUGUUCGCCCGGAGCCAGCAGCAGCAGCGGCAGCACGGCGGCGUGGCUCGGCGCCAAGGAGACGCGGAACUAGCCCAACAUUUUUUCAAAGAGGCCAAAAGAGAUUUACCGGCGGCUGGAGCGUUAGUACCGGGGCGAGACGGCAGGAGUUUGAAAGCGGGCGAAGAAGAGGACUCGUCGGGCCGGAAGGAAGGACAAGAUGCCGCUGGCUCAGCUGGCCGAUCCCUGGCAGAAGAUGCCGCUGGGGGGGACGCCAGGAGAGGAUGCUCAUAACGACCUCGAAGACUCCGUGGGCGAGGACGACGCCAUGCUGCCCUGCGCUGAUGACGUGCCCAUCAAGGAGAUCACCAUCACUCACCUCGUGAAGGAGGGAUGCGAGAAGGCCGACCCUCGCCAGUUCGAGCUGCGCAAAGUCCUGGGACAAGGCUCCUUUGGCAAGGUGUUCCUGGUGAGGAAGAUCACGGGUCCCGAUGCCGGACAGCUGUACGCCAUGAAAGUCCUGAAGAAAGCUACACUGAAAGUGCGUGACAGGGUCAGAACAAAGAUGGAGAGAGACAUCCUGGUGGAGGUCAACCAUCCCUUCAUCGUCAAACUGCACUACGCGUUUCAGACAGAGGGCAAGCUCUACUUGAUCCUGGACUUCCUGAGAGGGGGAGACCUCUUCACCCGGCUUUCUAAAGAGGUGAUGUUCACGGAGGAGGACGUGAAGUUCUACCUGGCAGAACUUGCCCUGGCUCUUGAUCACCUUCACGGCCUGGGCAUCAUUUACAGAGACCUGAAGCCUGAGAACAUCCUGCUGGAUGAGGAUGGACACAUCAAGUUGACAGACUUUGGCCUCAGCAAGGAGUCCGUCGACCACGAGAACAAGGCGUACUCCUUCUGUGGGACGGUGGAGUACAUGGCGCCGGAGGUGGUCAACCGGCGAGGACACACACACAGUGCGGACUGGUGGUCGUACGGCGUCCUGAUGUUUGAGAUGCUGACGGGAACGCUGCCGUUUCAAGGGAAAGACCGUAAAGACACCAUGACCAUGAUCCUCAAGGCCAAGCUGGGAAUGCCACAGUUUUUAAGCUCGGAAGCCCAGAGUCUCCUCAGGAACCUUUUCAAACGCAACCCCUCCAACAGAUUAGGAGCGGGCCCAGAUAGCGUGGAGGAGAUCAAGAGGCACCACUUCUUCAGCACCGUCGACUGGAAUAAACUCUUCCGCAGAGAGAUCUCGCCGCCCUUCAAGCCCGCCGCGGCACGGCCCGACGACACCUUCUACUUCGACCCGGAGUUCACGGCGAAAACGCCCCGAGACUCUCCUGGAGUCCCGCCCAGCGCCAACGCCCAUCAGCUGUUCAGAGGAUUCAGCUUUGUGGCGAUAACCGAAGAGGAGACGACACAACCCAUGUCCAACACAAUUGUUCAGCAGCUCCACAGAAGCACGUCGCAGUUUUCCGACACCUACGACGUCAAAGAGGACAUCGGCGUGGGCUCGUACUCCAUCUGCAAGCGCUGCGUCCACAAGGGCACCGGCAUGGACUACGCCGUCAAGAUCAUCAACAAGGCCAAGCGAGACCCCACGGAGGAGGUGGAGAUCCUGCUGCGAUACGGCCAACAUCCCAAUAUCAUCACGCUGAAAGACGUCUUCGACGACGGCCGCUCCGUCUUCCUGGUGACAGAGUUAAUGAAGGGCGGCGAGCUGCUAGACAAAAUCCUGCGCCAGAAGUUCUUCUCGGAGCGAGAAGCCAGCGCCGUUCUCUUCACCAUCACCAAGACGUUGGAGUACCUACACGUGCAAGGGGUGGUGCACCGAGACCUGAAACCCAGCAACAUCCUCUACAUGGACGAGAGCGGGAACGCCGAGUCCAUCAGGAUCUGUGACUUUGGCUUCGCCAAGCAGUUGAGGGCUGAGAACGGCCUGCUCAUGACGCCGUGUUACACCGCCAACUUUGUCGCUCCGGAGGUUCUUAAGAAGCAAGGUUACGAUGCGGCCUGCGACAUCUGGAGUCUCGGCGUUCUUCUCUACACAAUGCUAACAGGCUUCACUCCAUUCGCCAACGGCCCGGAGGACACGCCCGAGGCGAUUUUGGCUCGGAUUGGUAGCGGGAAGUUCUCGCUCACUGGAGGAUACUGGAACUCUGUGUCUACUGAAGCCAAGGACCUGGUGUCCAAGAUGCUACACGUGGACCCGCACCAGCGGCUCACGGCGGGCCAGGUCCUCCGCCACCCAUGGGUGACGCACCGAGACCAGCUGCCCAAAUACACCUUGAACAGACAGGACGCCCCGCACCUCGUCAAGGGAGCGAUGGCCGCCACGUACUCGGCCCUCAACAGGAACGUCCCGCCGGUUCUGGAGCCGGUGGGCUGCUCCACUCUGGCCCAGCGUCGAGGAGUGAAGAAGCUCACCUCCACCGCUCUGUGACCACAACCACCUUCAACCACCCCCGCCCCCACCUUCUCGCCACCCCGCAUCCCCCCGUCCUCACGUAACGUCAACUCUGACCUCAGUCCAGUCCAGCUGGACAGACUACUGAUGGAACCGCUAACGCCAAAAAGAAGCACAUCGGGACCCCCGCACCUUAACGGACUCUGUCUGGCCUCGGCCGCAGUUUUGCUUCGGACAAUCAGGACAGGAAGUGCGUGUAUAUAAAAUGAUGAUGGUAGGAACACAAUAAUCCAACAUUAGCAUUUAAAGACGUAGGAUGGUGUUUGCUUUUAUCGUCGUCAUGGUUACAAGAAAGGAAAGUCAUCUCAACUCUUCAUAUAUAUAUAUAUAUAUUUUUAUGUCUUUCUUUUUCUCCUUUGCCGUUUUUGGCCAGGCGCCAUCUUUUAAGCAAUCACAUGACAGGAAGUGGACUUAUUUGAUUGGCAGGUGUGCUGCGGUCGGAGGGCGGAGCUGACCAAAUGAAGCCCAACGCUAACACGACGCCGUGAUGUCACACAUAUGCAAAAACGAGUUAUUGACACAACCAUUUUUAGCUCCCUCGGCGCCUUUUCCGCCGGAGAGUUCCGCCCGGAUAGGGAUCGAGGCCAAAUAAUCCUGAGGCCGUGUGAUUUAUGCAAGAACAAAUAGCGUAGACUUUGAAGCACUCCAGAUGUCAUCAAACAAGACUUUGUGACGUUACCUGGAAUCGAGCUUUCCUUCCUCUCUGACGUCGCUACUUCUACAAAUAACAAAAACAUCUCAGGUUUUAUUUGCCCAGCAACGACGAGCACAAGCCCGUGAUCCGCACCCGUUUUCUCAGCGCCGCUUCAUGGACUUGGGACCACUCGGUGUCAUCAGUGAUGUUUAACAGUGCAAUUCUUCAGCUGCCCUCCCAGCCAGUAGGGGGCAGGGUUACGAGGCAAGCGCUUCCAGGUGCUCGGGUCCCGCCUCGGUUUCCCGUUCGGCUUCAACCAACCACUUUUUAUCAUGAACGUGUACGACAGGAUGGGUAAUCUGUCUCCGCACAGCUCUGGGAACAAGGAAUGUAAAAAAAAAAAAAAAAAAAAGAGAGAAAAAAAAAGCUCAUUAUUUCUGUAAUUAGAAGCGUCUUCUGUCAUCUUCCUCUUCCUCGUUGAUCUGACCUAUUAGAGGUGUUCAGCACUGCUGCUACACCACCUUUUUCUGUUCUGUUUUUUUUUUUUACCUGCAGGGAGACUUUCUAUGAAAAAAUAAAAAUAUUAAUAAGCUGA